CAAUCGUUCAUCCAUUUUCAAUAUUUUCAUCCAAAAAACGACGACGAAAAAGCAAAAACGCUAGAAUUGGUCGGUUUAAAUUUAUCGCUGCCGUAUGAAAUGUGAAAUUAAUAUAAUUUGCGCUAAUUGUGUUUUAUUUGUACCGCUAUAAUUAUUGUUUUACGCCGCUGCAGCUGUUUUUAACGAGUCACUGAAGGCUGCAUGCAGUUGAAAGAAGACAUAUAAAUAAUUAAAAUUUAAUGCUGACUGGAUAAUCAUGGAGGAUGAAAAUGAGUAUAAGAAGCUACCGACAGAGGACAAAUGUGUCCACAAGCUGUGGAAGGCGAGAGUCGCAGGGUAUGAAGAGGCCAUUAAACUGUUCAACCAGAUUGAUGAUGAGAAAGCACCCGAAUGGAACAAGUAUUUGGGUCUCAUCAAGAAGUUUGUGACGGACAGCAAUGCGGUGGCCCAGGAGAAAGGUUUGGAAGCAGCCUUGGUGUUUGUGGAGAACUGUGGCCACGCGGGCAAGACCACCGGAGAGGUGAUGUCGGGGAUUGUGGCCAAGUGCAUCGCUGCUCCCAAAACCAAGACCAAAGACCUUGCCCUACAGGUGACACUGAUGUAUGUAGAAAUCGAGAAACACGAAGUAGUCCAAGAGGAACUAAUGAAGGGCAUGGAUCAAAAGAAUCCAAAGGUGGUAGCGGCCUGCAUCUCCGCUCUGAACACAGCUCUCAAGCAGUUUGGCAACAAAGUCAUCACCAUCAAGCCCAUGGUGAAGAAAAUACCCGUGCUGCUGGCCGACAGAGACAAGGGGGUCAGGGAUGAGAUGAAGGCUUUGGUCGCUGAAAUGCACAGAUGGAUAGGCGCAGCCAUAGAGCCGCACAUCGCGUCGCUCACGGCCGUGGUGCAGCAGGAGCUGCGGGAAGCCUUCGCCCACGGCGCGCCCGCGCAGCCCGCGCGCUACCUGCGCUCGCAGCAGGCCGCGCCCGCCGCGCACGCGCCGCAGCAAGCCGGCGAGGUAGAAGACGACGACGUGGACUCCACAGCGGCAGACACCAACGACAUGGAUCCCUUCGACUUACUAGACCCGGUCGAGAUCCUGUCCAAGCUUCCCAAGGACUUCUACGAUAAACUGGAGCAGAAGAAGUGGCAGGAACGGAAGGAAGCGCUGGAUGCGUUGGAUAACCUGUUGAAGAGCGCGCCGAGAUUAGAGCCCGGGGAUUAUGCUGAUCUAGUCAGGGCUCUGAAGAAGGUCCUCUCCAAAGACAGCAACGUGAUCCUAGUGGCUCUCUCCACGCGUCUCCUCGGUCAGAUCGCUUCGGGCCUCCGCAACAAGUUCCAGCCAUACGCCACCGCGUGCGUGCAAGCCAUUCUGGAGAAAUUCAAGGAGAAGAAACCCAAUGUGGUGUCUGCUUUGAGGGACGCUAUCAAUGCUAUUUAUCCUAGUACAAACUUAGAAGCGAUAAUGGAGGACAUGUUAGCGGCGUUCGACAACAAGAACCCGUCUAUAAAAGCGGAGAGCGCGUUGUUCCUCGCUCGAGCGCUGUGCGUGACGCAGCCGCAGGCGUUCAAUAAGAAACUGCUGAAGGCUUACGUGGCUGGGUUGUUGAAACUGCUUGAGAGUGCCGAUCCGACAGUGCGAGACGCGGCGGCCGAAGCGCUGGGCACAGCGACCAAGCUGGUCGGAGAGAAGAACAUUGCACCGCAUAUAGGGAAACUUGACAACCUCAAGGAACAGAAGAUCAAGGAGUUUGCUGACAAGGCUGAAAUCCAAGUGAAGGUGGCGGCUCCCAAGAAAGAGAUGAAGAAGGCCGCGCCCGCCAAACCGACCGCCGGCUCCGCGCAGCCCAAGCCUGUCAAGAGGCCGCCUCCUGGCUCAGCCAAGAAACCCGCAGCAGCGGCUAAGAAGCCGGCCGCCCGCGCGCCCGCCACGCCGCCGCGCGAGCCCGAGCUGUCUCCUGAAGAGGUGGACGCGAGGGCCGAGGAGUUGUUGCAGCCAGAUGUCAACCAAGGUCUAACCGACUCCAACUGGAAGACCCGUCUCUCCGCCGUGCAGUCCUACCUCAGCACAGUGCAAGGCCUCACCAUGGACGACGCUUCAGCCCAGCUGUUAUUCCGCAUCAUCAACAAGAAGCCAGGCCUGAAGGACACGAAUGUGCAGGUGUUGAAGGCGAGGCUGGAAGUAGCCCAGUACAUAGCGGAGAAUUAUACGAUGACUACGACGGCAGUAGACAGCGUGCUCCAAGACAUAGUCACAAAGCUAGGCGAAGGGGCUUGCAACAAAGUAUGCGGCGCGUGUCUAUUCGCCUUCGCUGAAGCGUGUGGGCUCGAGCACAUAGCUGGGGAGUCCCUGGCGUAUGCUAUGGACGAACAGAAGAACCCUAAAGUGCAGGCGGAACUGUUUGUGUGGCUGUCACAGGCGGUGACUGAGUUUGGGAGCUCGAUAAACGUGAAAUCACUAAUCCCGCACCUCAAGAAAGCCCUCUCAGCGACCAAUCCGAACGUGCGUACGUCGGCCAUCACUCUGAUUGGCGUACUGUCACUGUACUCGCCGAACAUGAUUAGUCACUUCGACGGAGAGAAGCCGGCUACGAAGCAGCUGAUUGGUCUAGAGGUGGACAAAUACGCCAAUAGCAGCGCGCCGCCGCCGUCGAGGGGACAAGGCGCUAGUAUACAGAAGUCAGCCAGUCGCGGUUCCCUAGGCUCAGAGCUAGAGGAAGACUACCAAGACGCGGCAGAAGAAGAAGCGGCUCCAGUGGAGGACAACCGGCCGAGGACUGAUAUAGCGCCGCUCAUUACGGAUGAACUGGUCGCCGAGCUCAACGACAAGAACUGGAAGGUCCGCAACGAAGGUCUAGACAAGCUGAAGGCUAUAAUAGCUCGUUCGGCGCCCAUCAAGCCAACCCUAGGCGAGUUGCCGCCCGCCCUGCAAGCCAGGCUUCUGGACUCCAACUCCAAGUUGGCGCAAACAGCACUGCAGAUCUGCGAGAGUCUAGCCACGGCCAUGGGGCCGAAGUGCAAGCAGCAUUGCCGGACGUUCUUCCCGGCUUUCUUCCAAACAUUCGGCGACAACAAGCAGUGGAUCCGCACAGCGGGCGCGCGCUGCGUAGACGAGUGGUGUUUACGAGCCGGCGGCGCCCACGUCGCCUUCGACGGGGAGAUGGUGGCGGACGCCCUGCGCGCCGGCUCGCCCGCGUUGCGAGCCGCGCUGUUCACCUGGCUCGCGGCCAGCGUGCCUACCGUGCCCCCAAAAGCGAUCCCGAAGGACGAGCUGAACGCGUGCGUGCCCACCCUGAUGGCGUGUCUGGAGGACCGCGCGAGCGACGUGCGCAAGGCGUGCGGCGAGUGCGUGCUGCCCUUCAUGCUGCAUCUCGGCUACGAGGGCAUGCUCAAGCACGCGGACAAGCUCAAGCCGGGUUCUAAAGCCGUAGUCAUAGCGGCGCUAGACAAGGCCCGUCCGAACCUGCCGGUGCAGCCGUUACCUUCUAGCAAGCCCAAGAAGGAGGCUCCAGGGGCCAAGGGGAAACCUGCCAAGAAGGAACCCGAGAAGAAACAGGCGGUGGUCAAGGGAAAGGGCCCAGCCAAGCCAGUGUCAGCCUCAAGCCGCGGCAAGAAGGAUGACGAGGACUUCUCCCCGCUCCUGCCCAUGAACAACGCUAAGAACCAGCGCAUCAUUGAUGACCAGAAGCUGAAGGUGCUGAAGUGGAACUUCACGACGCCCCGCGAGGAGUUCUUCGAGCUACUUAAGGAGCAGAUGUCCACCGCCGGCUUCAACAAGUCGCUGAUAGCCAACAUGUUCCACGCUGACUUCAGAUACCACCUGAAAGCCAUAGAAUCCCUCUCCGAAGACUUACAAGACAACGGACAGUCGCUCAUGGCAAACCUGGACCUUGUCCUCAAAUGGCUGACCCUUCGCUUCUUCGACACCAACCCGUCUGUCAUACUGAAGGGACUGGAGUACCUCUCUGUGGUGUUCCAGUAUCUCAUUGAGAACGACUACACUAUGCCCGAGUAUGAGGCCAACUGCUUCAUACCUUAUUUGAUACAGAAGGUGGGAGACCCCAAAGACACAGUCCGUAAUGGAGUGAAGGCUCUGUUCAAACAGAUAUGUGUGGUGUACUCCGUCACCAAGCUGUUUGGCUACUUGAUGGAGGGAUUGAAGUCUAAGAACGCGAGGCAGCGGGCCGAAUGCCUCGACACAAUAGCCCUACUGCUUUCAACAUACGGCUCUGUGUUCAUCGGGCCUGCGUCCCUUCGCGAGCUGGCGCGCCACAUCGGCGACCGAGACAACGCCGUGCGCUCCGCCGCGCUCAACGCGCUGUGCGACGCCUACUUCCUGGAGGGGGAGAGGCUCUACAAGAUGAUCGGACAGAUAUCGGAGAAGGACCUCUCGCUACUAGAAGAGCGAAUCAAGCGCACGAGCAAGGCGCGCGGCCCCGAGGCGCGCCGGCCCCUCAUACCGCUCUCCGCCACCGGCCGGCCCAUCCUGCAGCAAGAGGAGAAGGAACCCAAACACGUGAUAUCGGUGGACUCGCCUCCAGGGGCCGAUUAUGAAGACGAGGAGGAGAUGGAGGAGCCCCCGCCGCCGCAGCCGGAGCCCGUCAUGUCGCCCCCCGAGCCCAAAGUCAUCAGCGGUCCGUUCGGCCUAGACCCGGACCUGAUAGCUCAGCUCGACGCACAAGUUCCUCGGGUCAGGCAGUCGAGGCUUCCCGAGCCGGACCUGGCCUUCCUGGACGAGCCCAUCCCCGUGCCGGCUACGCGCCCCGCCGCCGUAGCCGCCGACCGACGCAGUAUGAUGCCGAUGUCUCCACCGCGCACCAUCGACCCGACGUCCAUGAUGACGCAGCAGAACCACAGCCUGCAGACUGUGGACGACUCGCAGCUAGCCGACACCAUCCACUCUAUAGCGAGCCCCGACUUGAAUGCCGCAAUCCGCGCGCUGUCCCUCAUCUCUGGAGCCCUAGUAUCCGGGCGCGGCGCCGCGCUACGCUCGCAUGAAGAACGGUUCAUCCAAGCCGCCGCCACGCAAGUGCGGAGGCUGCGCACGUCGCGGUCCCCUGAUGCUCUGCCGGCUUACAAGUAUCUCGCUACUGCGCUUACCACGUUCUACGAGACGGCCGGCUGCGGCUCGCAAGUGGGCGAGGCGGCCGUGGGCCAGCUACUGGGCGAGCUGCUGCUCGUGCUGGGCGGGACGGACGCGUGCGCCGGCGACGCGGAGCGCCUCGUGCGCGUGCUCAACAACGUGUGCGUGCGCCUGCUGGAGCACUCGCCGCGCACGCAGCUGCUGUGUGCCAUAGUGUCUCUACUCCACGACUCAAUCGGAGUAUCAGACCCAGCCUACCCUCGGUACCAGGAGUUACUCCUUAAAUGCUUCUGGAAGACACUGAAGAUGAUCAGCUCUUGGGAACCGGACUCGAUAGACUAUGGAGCUGUACUGUAUAAGAUACAUCUGUUCUACAAGGCUUACCCGAAUUCUUAUUGGAAGAAGAAUCCGGAUAUGAGCGAUACGCCUUACAGAACGGUGAAGACGCUAGUUCACACGCUGGUGAAGAUGAAGGGCUCGUCCAUCACCAACCACCUGACGCAGAUACCGGACGUCAACGAGUCGGAUCUGUACCCGUACCUGCUGAAAGUGUUUAAGCAACUGAAACUAGACGACAAGAAGGACCCGCCAGACUCGGCCGUCCCUUCAUUAAACGCCAACAAGUCUGUGCUGACCUCGGCGGCGACUAACAACUCUCUAGCGGCCAACAGACUGCCUCGCGCCGUGCACGAAGAAUUAGCUCUCAUUCUCAAGCGCAUAAGCGCUAAGGAGCAUAAGAGCGAAGCGCUGCAACAGCUGUAUGAUUUAAGGGAGCGUCACCCGUCCGUGGACAUCUGGACGUUCAUGCAGGGCUCCUCCUUCUACUUCCGCAACUACGUGGAGCGCGGGCUGCGCGAGGUGGCGGAGCAGCGCCGGCACCGCUACAAGCACAACUACUCGCACACACACAUCGAUGUCAAUAAUGAGAACGAGGAGACAUCACACGUCAUAUUCCUAGAAAGACUGCGAGCCCUACAGGCCAAAGCGGGUCUGAAAUCCGACUCUUCCCCGUCGUCACAAGCGCGCACGCCCACAGACAACCGCGUGCUCACAGACAGCAUCAACGAGAACCUGCCCCGGAGCAUCGACCCGCAGUUUGAGCUGAACACCACCCAGUCGAUCUCGCACAAGAACGAGGCGGACGUGGACGCGCUGCGCCUGAAGCUGCAGCAGAUCAAGAGCAGCUCCAAGAGAUAGGGCCGUCUCGCUCGCUCGCACGGACCGUUGUAGCUCUCUCUCACACUCAUUGUAUACCUCGAUACCCGGAUAAUCGAUGUUCGUUUGUGACAGUGCCCCUUCUCCCACUACUCAACUCUCAAGCGACGCGACUCCGACGCAACUAUUUGACGAGUCAACGACGCGUCGAAGACCCGUUUUUACUGGCGAUAAUGGGUUACGUUGCAGUCUCGUCGCUUGAGAGUCGCGUAGUGGGAGAAGGGGCUUAUUUGAGUUAUUGAUGAUGAAUUUGCAGCUAUGUUUGUAUGCCAGAGUUUGAAUUUCGAUUGAACUGUAAUACUGGGAGAACUUAUUGAAUACUGUCCAAUAAUGCUGUUAAAUAGAAUGGGUUAAAAACGAUUUUAAAAUGUUUCGCCUCUGGUAAGGCAUUAUAUCUGCAAAUUCGAUAUUUCUGGGCACGGUAAUACAGUUUGAUUCGGAUAAUCUCAUUAGUUCCUGAUGUUUUUGUUUUAUAUGUGACGUAAAAUGAAGUCAUACUGUAUGUCCGAUGUUAUGUUGAAUGUCUAAGAUUGCCCCUUCCAAUGAAAACUCCUAUCAAUUAGAAUUAGAAACCUUGAAGAAAGUGUGCUAGUUUUCAAUCGGGCAUAGAUUUAUAAAAUUCAUACUAAAUAAAAAAAAUAUUAAACCUUUUUACCUAAAAGAGCUUCAAUUUUAAAAUGAUUUAAUGUUACAAUUUCUAUGUUAUGUUUAUCUGACAAAAUUAUUAUCACAUUUGGUAAAUAAUUCUCGCUGAUUACUAAGCAAAAAAAAUACCUCUUUCAAAAAGUAAUUUUCCGGUUCAAAAAUUUAAUAAUAAAUGAUCACAGCUGUAUAUUUAAUGUUGAGCUGCUCGAGAAUAAGCCCAUUGUCUUUAUAAUUUUAAUCGUUAAUUAUAAAUUAAUAUUAGUAAAAACUUAAUAUGGAAUGCACUGGAUAUGCACUGUAGUGAUAGUUAAACAUGACUAACCCAAUGAGUAUAAAAUGUGCCCCAAAUGGACAAAAACAAUAUUGGUUGAUUCCAGUGAUUCUUACAGUUACUAAAAAUGUAAUGAAAACAAAAAGGAUCCAAGAAUAUGUCUUUUGAAAAGCGACAUAAUCGCAUGUAUUUUACUAAAUAACACAAUAAUCUUUAUACUUACUGUAAUACUAAUAAUGUAGGAAAUAUGCCAAUCCCAUGUAUAAGACAGUAGGUUUAGACCAUAGAUAUUUUAAGGCUGUCGACAUCAACGCGUCAUUAGAUUUGUAACAAUUUCUUUUGAUAGUGUAAGUAACCCUUGACAUAAAAUGAGCAAUAAUGUGAUUGAAAUGCAAUAAAAAUACGGUAACAAUAUCUAUCUCAUCAUAGAAACUUAUCAGCGAUCAAGCUGAAGGCAAAUUGUGGUAGUUGGAUCUACCUUUCACUUGAUCACUCAUAAUGUUGCUCCUACGAUUUGUUUAUACAGGACAGCCAAAGUUGCAUGUAUACAGCCUUCUGACAUUUCAUUCAAUUUAUUUAAUUUAGCAAUGUAGUCUUCAUUCUAGCUGAAAACUAACAAUUGCUUGAAUAUUAUAUCGCGUUGUGUUUUAAACUAUAACUUUCACAUGUAACGUUUUUGUUUGUGAAUUUGUUAGAUGUAUGUAACUAGGUUUAUGUUUGAGUUUAAAGACUGUUGAGCGAGGUUGCUAUGUUUGUUCUCUAUUGAAGCAAUACUCAUUCAUUAUUGAAGUUUGCGUGACAUAACUAUGUUAGCAGUAAGCGCAGGCCACAUCGCCAGCUUACGAUGCGAGCGAGCUAGCCAAGUGGAUAUCGUUUCACUUCUUUACAUACUCUUCACACCGCGAGCUACCGACUAAACCCGCAACCGCGGCUAGUUUAGCGUGCCUAGCUGGCUUUGUAGCCUACGCUUUAGUCAUUGGACUAUUUCUGGAAAAAUAAGCUACUGUAAUAUUUUUCCUUUUAUAAAAUCCCAGAUCUAUUACUUACUACAUAUUUAAAAUCAAUAGAUUUCACCUUUAUAAAAUACAAAAUUACUUCAAAUCAAAUCAAAUAUUUUAUUGGUUGGGAGUGUGUUGUACUGGCAGUAUGGAUGUAUUUAGAUUAUUUUACUCAGCUAAGGAAACCCUCGACAGUCACAUCCAGUAGGUUUUAGAAACUAAAACUUGAUAGCUGUGAUGAGGCUUUUAUUAUAAUUUAAUUUUGUAGUCAAAUUCAUACAACUUAAAUUCAACAUUCCCUCGAUAAGAUUCAGUAUCCUUUCAAUGUACAAAGUAUUCGUUGUUUAAAAUCCUCAAGGUGUAUCUUUAAUUACUUGUGACAUCACUAAUCAUUAAAAUGUAUGUGCGCUACUGAUCGUUUCAUAUAAUUGAAUUAUUGAAGUACAUUUCUUUUGUUAAAACCUUAGUCUUAAUAAUUGAUGACCAUUUAUAGUUUUUAGUUAUGCUACCUACUUCACAUCUUAUUAUUAUUAUUCAUCCAAAACCAUACUAUAUUCUUAUUAAAGUAUCGUAGACAGGUUUUCACGCAGACAUUGUGAGCAUUUAUUUAUGGCAUGUAAAUUAAUGUAUUAAAAUCAUGAUUAAGUAGCGUUAAUAAAGUUCAUAUGAGAUGA